AUGGCUAUCAAGUUUUUUAUCCAAAAAGAUCUAUCAACAGAGAUGCAAGCAGAGCUCUGCGAGACCAUCACUUCCCUUGGAGGUCGAGUAGAGUCCAAAGUUCCGCGGCAAGGCUUUAUUCUCAUCCAGCCUGGCACCCCAGAGGCUGAGCGACUGCGUCUUUGUUGGAGCAGCGCUGAACGUCCGGACAGACAUUUCGUGCCUUACUCCUACGUAGAGGCAUGCAAGAUCGCGGGGAUGUUGUUGAAGCAGAUAUUCGUCAUAAAUGGAGAGCCGAUAAAGUUCCAUAUCGAUUCGAGCAUCGCCAACGUCAAUGCUCGAGCGGCGCUUAGCGCAAGGGUCAUGCACUCUGGUGGAGAUCCGACAGCCUCAGCUCAAUCGGCGCGGGUCAUUCUAGCCGACCCCAACACGGAAGUCUUUCAGCACCUUGUCAAGAGCUACCAAGGCGUCCCUGAAAAAUACGUCGAGUCCUACCUCUGGGUGAAAAAGUGCGUUGAAAAGGGCACCGUGCUGUACACUCCUCUCGUCUACAAGAAUCCAGGCGGCAGACGCCCCGGCGAGGAGAGAACUCAGUUUACUGAAGAGGACGAGGAGCAUCUUUGCAACUGGAUUGCCGCUAAGAUCCCUUACAAGGAGACUGGUGGCAGAACUGGAAACAGGCUCUACCAGCAACUAUGCGAACAGGCUAGUGAACCCGAAUUCGCUUGGGUUGGCCGGCACACCUGGCAGUCCUGGCGCGAGCGCUACAAGAAAAACUCUCAGCGCUUGGACGUCAUCAUCCAAGCGAUCGUGGAGCAGAAGAAACCUCUUCUCGGAGAGAAGGGUCAGUAUGGCUACGUGCGCAGACCAGAGGAGAAGCAGAAACGCAGCCGAAAGCGCAAGAGCGUGCCUGGAGGUUCAGCGGCGCCCGAUGACGACUACUUGAACGGUGGCGCACACAUGCAUCUUACCAUGGCCAUGCCAAUGCCUGGUCAGGACGGGCACCACCACGAAGGUCUCUCAGGUCUCGCUCCUGUGCCAGUCGGCAUGUAUGCCCAUGCCCCGCCACCUGGACACCCGCACGCACCCCCUCCGCAUAUGCAUCACCUGGCAGGUUCAGGGGGAGGGCCUAUGGAUCCUAACGUCCCUCCCGGGCUCAUGCUAAUGAGCAAGAGCCCUGCAGAAGAGGAAAUGGAAGAUGACGAGGCCGAAUGGGCUGUAAGAGUUGGCAACGCGCCUCCUCCUGCGUGGGCCAAAAGGGCAGGCGAAGAAGAUAGCCUCGAAAAUGGCGUUUCUAAGAGGCAGAGGACUGAGCGAGGUCCUAUCCCAGCUUCUAUUCAGCCGCACGGAGGUCCAAAUGACAUGCAGACCAUGCACCUAGUUGAUCAGAGCAUCCUCAACAUUGCUCAGGAAUUCCGCUUCACCGUAGACGAGGUGCAGGAGUACUAUGAUCGCUGCGGUGCAAUGGAUCGUACACAUGCACGAUUCAAGAGGAUGCGCGAGGUUUUGACGAAGAUGGCUGAUGAUGAGUUGCUGUGA